AUGUUAUCCGCACGUCUACUGCGGCAUCACGUGCUGUCCGCUCGCAGCGUCUCUACGGCGUUGCGCUGUCUUCAUCAGCAGCAAGGAGAGAAGCUUUUUGACAAGAUCCUUGUGGCCAACCGUGGUGAGAUUGCCGUGCGUGUCAUGCGGACGUGUAAGAAGCUGGGUAUCAAGACAGUGGCAGUGUACUCGGAGCCCGAUGUAAACUCUAUGGCCGUGCGCAUGGCCGACGAAGCGGUGUGCGUUGGACCAGCACCUUCAAGUCAGAGCUACCUCAGUAUCCCCAAAAUCAUUGAAGCCGUUAAGGCUACAGGAGCGCAAGCGGUACAUCCGGGCUAUGGCUUUUUAUCAGAGAAUAAAGACUUUUGUGAAGCUUUAGAGGCCAUUGGCGUAGCGUUCAUUGGUCCUGGCCACGAGGCUAUCCAGGCCAUGGGAGACAAGAUCGAAUCCAAGCAAUUGGCAAUGGACGCGGGGCUCAACACCAUUCCUGGCUUCUUGGGAGAGAUUGACACACCAGAUGAUGCUGUUAAAGUGGCUCAAGAGAUCGGGUAUCCUGUUAUGAUUAAGGCCAGUGCUGGAGGAGGAGGUAAAGGGAUGAGGGUUGCGUAUAAUGAUGAGGAGGUGCGUAUGGGUUACAGACUGUCAAAGGAAGAGGCCGCUAGCAGCUUUGGAGACGAUAGGAUGUUUCUGGAGAAAUUUAUCGAAGAUCCACGGCAUAUUGAGAUCCAGCUUAUCGCAGAUUCGCACGAAAACAUUGUGCCGCUACCAGAGAGAGAAUGCUCAAUCCAACGCCGGAAUCAGAAAGUGAUUGAGGAAGCACCGAGUGUGCUACUGGAUCCGGAGACGAGAGUGGCGAUGGGCAAGCAAGCGGCAAUGUUAGCCCGGAAAGUGGGCUAUGUGAGUGCUGGCACAGUUGAGUUUCUGUGUGACAAACACAAGAACUUUUACUUCUUGGAGAUGAACACGCGUCUACAGGUGGAACAUCCUGUGACAGAGCUUAUCUCGCGCGUAGAUCUCGUGGAACAGAUGAUUCGCGUGGCUGCAGGACAUAAACUGCCUAAGGAAUUGCUAGGUGGACCAGUGAAGAUCCACGGCUGGGCCAUGGAAAGCCGUGUAUACGCGGAGGACCCGGUGCGUGGUUUUCUACCAUCAAUUGGGCGGUUGCUUCAAUACGAGGAGCCCAUUCACCUCCCAGGUGUGCGCGUAGACUCUGGCGUAAACGAAGGUAGCGAGAUCUCGAUGUUCUAUGACCCUAUGAUCUCAAAGCUCAUUACUUAUGGCAAAGACCGUCCGGAGUGCUUGGAGCGCAUGAAGGUAGCACUGGACAAUUACAUUAUUCGCGGUCCGGGUAACAACGUAUCGUUCUUGCAGGAUGUCUACCGCCAUCCUCGAUUUGCGAGCGGCAAAAUCACUACAAAAUUCAUUGAGGAAGAAUACCCGGAAGGCUUUCAAGGUGUUAAGCUGACACCACCUGAGACCGAGGACCUCAGAGUUGUCGGUGCGAUCAUGCACCUGAAAAAGGCUGGCGCUAGUAGCCAGAUCUCUGGCAGCAUUCGGUCAACUCCAGUGGACUGUUUCGGAUUGUUCGACUCCAUUAACAAAGAUGAACUGGAGCUUGUGUCAGACCAAGCAGGAGUCGUUCCUCGCCUGCGUGCCCUCACACCUGUUCUGUCAUCAAAUGAAUUGAUUGCGCUGGCGGAGCGAAAUCUUCUCAAAAACGUGGGUGCUCAUCUGGCCGUUAGUAUCGAUGGUUCAUUCGGAGAGUCGGAGCUUGUAGUGGUUGUGGAAGUUGAGGUGGAGAGCAAGCGACACCGCGCCAAGACAAUGACGCUAGCUUUCGUAGACAACAAGUGGCACGUUUUGGGCGAUAUAGACUGGUCGCUCAAUGGGCCACUUUUCAAGGCAUCGCAUGAAAAGCAGGGCGGAGCAGCAGAUCUUUUGUUAGUCUCACAAAUGCUGCAGACAUUACCUGAGGGUUUCCGUCUUCAAUUCCAUGGCGCCGUGCAUGACGUGGUUGUUCGAAAUGAGUUGGAGGCUGCGUAUAGUAAACAUAUGAAGCCAAAGCCUAAGGCCGAUACGUCCAACUUGCUGUUAUGCCCAAUGCCAGGCAUGCUAGUUUCCGUAGCAGUGGAAGUUGGUCAGCAAGUAGAACUAGGCCAAGAACUUGCUGUCGUUGAAGCCAUGAAGAUGCAGAACGUGCUCCGCUCUGAGAAGAGGGGUAUCAUCAAAAGCAUUGCGCGUGCUGCUGGAGACUCUCUCAAGGUCGACGAGGUCAUCCUUGAGUAUGACUAA